AUGCCCAGAGAAGAGAAUCUCAAAUUAUCUAGAAGAAGAGAGGCUGCCAGAAACGUCAAUUAUAAUGAAAUGGAAGUGGACACUGAGUUAGUUAAAAAAGUACAAAUAUCAGAAAAAAGCAGCGCUAGGAACAAGGAUAGCAGUAACCAAACUUCCAGGUGCAGUAGAAGUGCGAGCAAUUCAGUCAGUAGAAACGAGAAGUUUAAGUAUCAAAAAUUUCUUCAUGAUAAGAAUACCUGCUGGAACUUUAUUCCUACGUUACCUCCUUCGUUCAGGAAAAAUAGCAGGUUUUCUAACGUACUUGAUCUGGAUGAUGCGAUGAUUGAUUUGAGAAAGAUGUCUCUUUUCAAUACAGAAUCCGUACUUUUAUCUGCGAACGACACUAUUUAUAUGAUAUCAGAGCCUGCGGGCGAGCCAUAUUAUAUUGGCAGAGUUGUGAAUUUUGUCAGCAAGCCAGAAUUUUCUAAAACUAUUCAUGACGCUAUAAAGGUGACGUCUGUAUUCCCUGCUAAAUUUUUUCAAGUUAGAAUGAAUUGGUUUUAUCGUCCUAGGGAUAUUCAAGAACACGUAAAUACUUUCAACCCAAGAUUAGUAUACGCAUCGUUGCACCAGGACAUAUGCCCGAUUUCAUCAUACAGGGGAAAAUGUAGUAUAUUUCAUAAGGACGAAAUUUUUGAUAUUCUUCCUAAUGAAAAGGAAAGCAUUAUACGGCCCAAUAUCUUUUACUUUGAUGAACUUUUUGACAGGUACACUUCGAAAUAUUACAAAGUUUAUAGUACGGACAAAAUAUUAAACAGGUGGAAUAGUAAGUCCCCGUUUCUUUAUGUUUUAAAUAGGAGAUUUCGUUAUAUCUAUGCAGAGCCGAAAUAUCCAUUGGAGAAAGUUUUCAAGAAAUACGUUUUCCAUGAACUGGAGGUAAAUGCAUUAAGACCCUCAGAUUACGAAUGGGAUAAAAGAUGCCAGUUUUGUAAAGAAUGGUGCAUCCAAAAGGAGAGCCUUUCGUGCGAUGAGUGCGGUGUUUGUGCACAUCUGUACUGUAUGGAUCCGCCACUCGAUAGAAAGCCAAACAAAGACGUCGCUUGGACCUGUUUUAGUUGCCUACAGAAGCAACAAGGUACUGAAGACUCGUAUCUUAGAUUCCAGGAAGAACAAGCAGCGGAACUGGAUUUUAUUCGCUCUGUGAGACAAAAAAUCGAAGAUGUUUCUAACAAAGCUAUUAAGGAAAAUGUUGGUUAUAAUACCGAAAAUUGCUGGUUUCAAUAUUUGGGGAUAUAUUCCAUUUCUCAUAUUGAUGAUACAUUAAACGAAUCUAUGUUUUUUCCAUACCCUUUCAAACCUUCUAGGGUGGGUAUGAAGUAUCAAUGGAACGGGUGUACUAAUAAUGGGCCCUGGAGGCAGAACUCGUAUUUACAUACAGAUUCAGAAGAAGAGCGAGGUUCAGUGAAAACAUCCGAAUUAGCGUGGGUACUGGAUCCAUCAAAGAUUACUGCUCAAGAACUGAAUGAAUACAUUGGACAUUGUAAAAGGGAAAUAUGUCCUAUUCUCAAGGUGAGAGGCGAGACUUGUAAUUUCAUUGAUGUAGUUUUAAAGAAUUUGAUGUUUACAAAUUACGAUACAGCAGAGGCAUUUGAGAAAUGUAAAAGGGAGCUUUCCAGAAAAUCUUUGAACGAACCAACUUUUACCGCUGUGGAAGUCCGAAAAUUUGAGGAAGCUGUCGAAAAGUUUGGGAGUGAAUUACGUCCUGUUUGUGGGCAUGUGGGUACUCAGCCUAUGUCGAUGAUUGUUAGAUUUUAUUACAAUUGGAAAAAGACAGAAAGGGGGUUUUCCGUGAGAGGGAAACUGAACAAGUUAUCAAGAAAUAAAAGAAAAAUGAGCACUGAUGAUGAUGAAAAUGACAUAGAGACAAAGUAUAUAGAUGAUUCUUCUUUUGAUACCGAAAAACUCUCUUUAACAGAAUCCUCCUUUCAAUGCAUGUUUUGCAAAACAGAUUACUCCCCCAUGUGGUAUAAAGUUACUGGCGGUUCAGAUGAAGAAAAAAUUAAGAUAAGAAUGCAAACAGGAGUUAACGAGAAAACUGAAAUUACAGAGAAAUAUCCAGCCCAUAGCCAGAAGAAUGAAAAACUUGGUGCUCUUUGUAUUCGCUGUGCUCGUAUGUGGCGAAGAUACGCGAUUAGAUGGGUGUCUCCGCUUGAUACCUUGAGGAAAAUGACAGGAACCAGUCAGAAUAGUUUUUAUUCAGCGAUAGAAGGGAUUAUUGAGGAAAAUAACAUCAACAAGUUUACGUUGUCUCCAUUCCAAGCUCAUAAUAAACUGCUAGAAUGGGAACUUGUUCAGGAUUCGGAGCUAAUCAUCAGACAAAGAAUGAAAGUUUAUGAAAACCCAAAUUCAUUUGUGAAAAUGAAACGCUAUUCCAUGACAUUUCAUACACAACUUUAUAAAAUGGCUGUGAGAUCAUAUCGAAAAAAUGAGUUCCACCCGGAAAGGAUGCAACGAGACCUUGAACUGUUUCUGGAAGACAAGAAAGAGGUAAAAAAAGUCCUCCUCGAAGAAAAGCCAGGAAGAGUGGAAGAUACUAAAAAUGAAUUUCCUGUAAACAUAAUUCGGCAAUCACCUGACACUAUCCAAAAAAACGACACAAAUCGAAAUCGUAGGUGCAAUAAUGUGUUUAUCAAGAAUGUUAGCAACGACGGUAUUACUAAUACCACUCAUCCUCCAAAUGAUUCAAUAACAAUUUCAAUGAAAACUGGCAGCAGUUCUUCGGGUUCAUUAUCUGUAGAUAAAGGUUUUGAAUUUGUCAAAUUUGAUAAUAAAACAUUUCAGCGAUUACGGAAUAGCUUAAAAUUAGUGAAUAAUAAACUGCCAAAAAAUAUGGGACCUUCAACGAAAAAAAUUAAAAUGAUUAAUGACAUUGCGUUAAAUAGUCCGUUAAGCGACAAAAACGGGGCAACGUACUGUUACCCAGUUAUUUCACAUUCUAAGGACACUUAUGUCGCUCUUGAAAAAUAUCAUGAUCAUAAUCUACCAAGCAGAGUGUUGGAAAAAGACAUGAUUUCGAAACACACAAAGAAUAAAUCGAAGAAUCCUGAUUUGCCACGGCCGAAAAAUACCACAAGAAAUUUUUGCUGUGUCUGCAAAGACAAAUUCAAUGACGAUGACAACUAUGAAAUAGUAUGUGGUAAUUGUGGGCUGACAGUACACUACUUUUGUUAUGCUGUUAGACUACCGAAGGAUAUGAAAAAAAACACUAACCUCAAAAAGUUCAAGUGGUUAUGCGACCCUUGUUCAAAUGAUCUCAACCCUAUACUCUCAACUACCUACCAAUGUAGUAUUUGCCCUACUAAAGAGUAUGACUAUGAUAGAUGUAAGAGCCAAUCAGUUAAAAUAUGCCCGGACGCAUUGAAAUGUACGAGCUUGGGGACAUGGGCCCAUUUGGUGUGCUCACUUUUCAAUGAGGAUGUCAAAUAUGGGAACGGACAGGCAAUGCAGCCAGCCAUUAAUACUACUUUUACACUUAUCAAAAAUAACAGAUUUACAUGCGGUGUGUGCAGAAUACAUGGAGGUGGGUUAGUAAAGUGUGAAAAAUGCCAAUAUAGGUAUCAUACUACAUGUGCACAGAACAGCUCCAACUUUAAGCUUAUGUUUGAAAAGAGAAAUAUCUCUGUAGAUACUACGCUACCGUGCAUAAAAGAUGCCAAGCUUAAUGAAACUUACAUAUUAAGACCCGUGCUAAUAUGUGAUAGGCACGAUGUCAAUUUAGAAGGAAACGAAUUUUAUCCAUUAUCGUACAAGCCUCAACAUACUCUAUCAUAUAUGGAACAAUACUGUAGAUAUUAUAAGUGCAAAGCUAACUGUAGUUUGGUGGAGUUGAGAUAUUUCGAACAGCUUGGAGCACUGCACGGCGAAGUGGUGAGAAACCCACACUACUCUGCCGCUAAUCCUAAAAUUCACGUACUCCCUUUCGAAAGGAUUUGCCCAUAUUGCGGUACCAAUAAAAGUUUAUAUUGGUAUGAAAGUAACGUUUGCCAUUCUUGUAACUUAAGGUCAGGUAUUCAAGAACCCGAUUUUGAUAAUGCGGACGCUAAAAUCACUACUGGUAACGGUAUAUCGGUGGAAAGUACCCAAAAGUUGAUGGAAGGAAUUGAGCCAGCUAUGUUUGAUAUUGAUAUUUCAGAAGCUAUUAGUAACAAAAAACUGCAUCAACCAAGUCAAUAA